UCUCGGCGCAGGAGCAAGAAGCCAACCAGACCGUAUCCCCAAGCCUCACCGCCAUCCGGCACACAACCUUAACAACACCAAACGCGCAUUUCAGACAGACCAAACACCAUGAUCCACGGAGAGACACGUGCCCGAACCGGGCUCACCACUUUCCUGCUCGCCAGCAGUGCCCUAGUAUGGGCAUCGGCCGUCAUCGUCAUGGGCAUUCUGGCCUACUAUGUAUCUCUUGAUUACCGCGGUACCCAUCUCAUCUAUAGUUUGGUGAUUGCCGUCUUGACAUCGGCAUUCUUCCCCCUGGCCUUCUUCCUCGUCAUCUCUCCGGGAUUCAUCCUCCUGUUCAACCUGAUCUUCUCGUACCUCUGGCUCGUCGUGGUAACCUUCAUCGCUUCCGACUGGAGCAGCAGCAAGAACGACAAACUGCUCACAGUCGAAGCCUUCAGCUUCAUUGCAUUCUUCUUCCUCUUCUUCAACAUCAUCUACGAUUGGCACUACGGUUUCUUCCGCCCCGAAGUCAGGAGAGCAGUCGUAUGAGUCCAAACAUACGGACCUACUUCUCUCCUUCGGGUGAAAAAUAUCGGGUAGACAUGAUGUUGACGAAUCACGACGAAAACGCACGCUAUUCCUCAGAUAAGAGUUGAAGCUGGGAGAACAGUCGCACGGGUUCGACUCGGCGACAGCAAAACUGCCCUUCAAGUCACUCUUGUCCGCCAGACACCUCAAAAGGUUGUCAACCCCUAAUUCUGUCUUCCUUAGUCUCUCGCCUUUCUU